AUGUCUGAAACUAAUUCAAACUCUAACCAUUCGCUAACACCUCCACCGCCGCCACAAAUCAGCAAAGAGGCUACAGAUCGACCGAAACUAAAAAUUCUAGCCUUUCAUGGCUAUAGACAGAAUGGAACAGUCUUUAGAGCAAAAAUUGGUUCAUUUCGUAAAGCUGUUGCAAAAUAUGCGCAGCUAGUGUUUGUAUCGGCACCACACAAAGUCGUAAUUGAAGAUGGAGGAGGUGAUGAAGAUGCUCGAUCAUGGUGGUUUAAUGCAGAAGACAAUACAUUUAGUGGUAAAUGUCUUGGAGGGCCAGCACUUGGAUUUGAGGCCACAUUGGACUUGAUUGAAAGAGUAGUGAAAGAACACGGACCAUUUGAUGGGUUUAUGGGUUUCUCACAAGGAGCUUGUUUAGUGGGCUUGUUAGCUGCUAUGCAACAAAAAGGAUAUUUACCAUAUACUUUCAAGUUUGCAAUAUUUGCAUCAGGAUUCAGAUCAGGUAGCUUGGUGCACAAGGGAUUUUAUGAUGAAGAGAUUACAUUGCCAUCGUUACAUGUUUAUGGUGAAAGUGAUUCUAUUAUACCUAAAGAGAUGAGUGAAUCACUUAUCAAUUUAUUCAUCAAGCCAGUAGUAGCAGAACAUACUGGUGGCCACUAUGUAGCCUGCUCUGGUGCUAUCAAAGAUGCUUACCAAGAUUUCCUAAGUGAUCAGUGCCAAGAAGUGCUAAACGAAGAUAAUGUAGAAGAGACAGAAGAGUCUUCGUAG